GAGCAGCGCGGGACGCGCGGAGCACGCCGGGAAGGGCGCCGCCGCGCUGACGCGAGCGCGUGCGUGCGUGCGUCGCGCGGCGUCUGGCGCUACUGGCCGGUUCCCGCCAUCUGCCGCCGCGGCCCCCUCCCCCGCCUCCGCCUGCCGCGCCGGGACACGCCGGGCCGCAGGUUUUUAAAGUGAAGUACACUUACUACUGUUAGCUCUUUCUGUGAGAAAGUAUGGCUCCAUUAAAGGUGCAUGGACCUGUCCGGAUGCGCAGCAUGCAGACUGGGAUUACAAAAUGGAAAGAAGGGAGCUUUGAAAUUGUGGAGAAGGACAACAAAGUGAGUCUGGUGGUUCACUACAAUGUUGGAGGAAUUCCAAAGACAUUUCAGCUAAGCCAUAAUAUUAAAACUGUGACCUUACGACCAAAUGGUAGAAAACUGUGCUGUCUGAUGCUAACACUAAAGGAUACCAGCUUCCUGACAAUUGAUAAGGUACCAUUUAAAGAUGCAAAUGAAAUGCGGAUGUAUUUGGAUGCAGUCCAUCAAGACAGGGUUCAUACUGCUGGGAAACCCUCUCAGGGAUCUGGCAGCUUUGGAGGUGUGCUGGGCAGCAGGACCACACAGAAGGAAGCUAAUAGACAAUUCUCCUAUAUAGAAAACCAGACUCCUUCCAAAAGAGUGACUGUGGAAAGUAAGGAUGAAAAUCCAUUUCGAAAGGUGCUGGGAACCCCAGCUAGAACAUCUGUUAAGAAUUCCCCUGGAACUGGAACGCCUAGCAACAGGGUUAACAUUUCAGCAUCUCCUGCAUCAUCAGUCCCUCACAGAACAGGCUUGUUGGAGAAUCGUGAAAAGAGGAAAAGAACACAACCUCCUGGUUCAGAAAUGAGUGAAGAUUAUCCCAAAGAGAACGAUUCUUCAACGAAUAAUAAAGCCCUGAGUGAUCCAGCAUGGAAGUAUUUAAAUAGUAGCAGAGAGAAACAGUUGAACCUGAAGCAGGCAGAGGAAAAUAGGACAUCAGGUGUUUUACCACUGCAGUCAUCAUCCUUUUAUGGUAGUAGGUCCUCAUCAAAAGAGUACUCCACUGGCAGUUCCACCCUGGACAGGUCUAGCGUAUCCAGCCAGACUCCCUCAGCCAAAAGAAGCCUGGGAUUUCUUUCUCAGCCUGCACCUCUUUCUAUUAAAAAAAUGAGAUCUAAUCAAGAUUACACAGGGUGGAACAAACCCCGAGUGCCCCUUUCUACCCAUCCACAACAACAAUUACAAGGGUUUUCAAACUUGGGAAACACCUGCUAUAUGAAUGCCAUUUUACAGUCCUUAUUCUCAAUUCAGUCUUUCGCUAAUGAUUUGCUCAAGCAGGGUAUCCCAUGGAAAAAAAUUCCACUCAAUGCACUUAUCAGACGUUUUGCCCAUCUGCUUGCUAAAAAGGAUGUCUGCAGCCCUGAAGUUAAGAAAGAGCUACUGAAGAAGGUGAAAAGUGCCAUUUCGGCUACUGCAGAGAGAUUUUCUGGGUACAUGCAGAAUGAUGCACAUGAGUUCCUGAGCCAAUGUCUCGAUCAGCUGAAGGAGGACAUGGAAAAGUUAAACAAAACUUGGAAGAGUGAGCCAGUGCCUAAUGACGAUAGUUCACCAGGACGGGCUUCUGAUGACCUCUCAGCCACCAAAGUUUAUACUUGUCCGGUUAUCAGUAACUUAGAGUUUGAGGUUCAGCAUUCUAUCAUUUGUAAAAUGUGUGGUGAAACCGUCACUAAACGAGAACAGUUUAAUGACCUUUCCAUUGACCUUCCUCGAAGGAAGAAGUUACUUCCAUCUCGAUCGAUCCAGGAUUCCCUUGACCUCUUCUUUCGGGCAGAGGAGAUUGAGUAUUCCUGUGAGAAAUGCAAUGGAAAGUCUGCUGUUGUCACACACAAGUUCAAUAGGCUUCCCAGAGUCCUGAUACUUCAUCUGAAAAGAUACAGCUUCAAUGUAGCAUUGUCUCUUAAUCAUAAAGUUGGGCAGCAGGUGGUUAUUCCAAGAUACUUAACCCUGCUUUCACACUGUACAGAAAGCACUAGGCUGCCGCUGACGCUGGGAUGGAGUGCCCAUUCUGCAGUUUCCCGUCCAUUGAAAGCCUCCCAAAUGGUGAAUUCCUGUACUGUAAGCACUUCCACACCUUGUAGAAAAUACACAUUCAAGUCAAAGAGCUCUACAGCACUCUAUGUAGAUUCUGACAGUGAUGAUGAGCCAUUGAAACGCUCUGUUGCCCACAGUCAAAGGUUGUGUAACAUACAGAGUAGAGAUCAGCAGCAACUGCACGAAGAGCCGGAAAAGGUUUCAAAAAGAAGUAAAAUGGAGUGUGAUAAACCAGAGCUAGGAAGUACUGGUUUUGAUGGGAUGAGUGAAGAUGAGCUGCUAGCAGCUGUCUUAGAGAUUAGCAAAAGGGAAGCUUCUCUGUCUCUGAGCCGUGAUGAAGAUAAGCCCACAAGCAGCCCAGACACUGGUUUUGGAGAGGAUGAAAUUCCAGAAUUGCCAGAAAACCUGGAAUCUGUGGAGGUGGAGAAACCCAAAGCAGCAUUAGAAUCGGGUCCUGCCAAUUUCACUGAGAUAACUAAAGAUUUUGAUGAGAAUAAGGAAAACAAAACUCCGGAAGGCUCCCAGGGAGAGGUUGACUGGCUGCAGCAGUAUGAUAUGGAGAGAGAGAGGGAAGAACAAGAACUUCAGCAGGCACUGGCUCAGAGCCUUCAAGAACAAGAGGCGCGAGAACAAAAAGAGGAUGAUGACCUUAAACGAGCCACAGAAUUAAGUCUACAAGAGUUUAACAGCUCUCUCCUGGACAGCGUUGGCUCUGAUGAAGACUCUGGGAAUGAGGACGUUCUUGACAUGGAGUAUUCAGAAGCUGAAGCAGAAGAGCUUAAAAGAAAUGCUGAGACAGGAGAGCUUCCUCAUUCCUAUCGUCUCAUCAGCAUCGUCAGUCAUAUUGGAAGCACGUCAUCUUCAGGUCAUUAUAUCAGUGAUGUCUAUGAUAUCAAGAAGCAGUCCUGGUUCACCUAUAAUGACCUGGAAGUGUCUCGAACUCUAGAGGCCACUGUUCAGUGUGACAGAGACCGAAGUGGCUACAUCUUCUUCUACAUGCACAAGGAUAUCUUCGAUGAGUUACUAGAAACAGAAAAAAAUGCACAGCCACUUAGCAUGGAAGUAGGAAGAUCAAUUCGUCAGCCUCUGUGAAGAGUAAAACACCUUGUUCCUCCUGAGGAACAAGGAAGAUUCUGAACUUGUGCCAGACACAGGAGUAACAAACAGCUCAGGGCCAAAACAAGAGACAAAAGGUAGAAAUGCGGAACGCUCAGUUUGUUGAACCAUCUGUGCAAGUCUUGGGCCCGAACCACACUUUCAAACCUUGACAUCCCAGAGCGGUCCUCCUGUGGUGAAGUUUUUAUUGUUUCUCGAAUAAUUUUGUCAGCAUGGAGCCUUAAAGAGUUGCAUCAAGCCACAAGACUACAGCUGCUCAUAAACUGAUAAAACAAUAGUGCAAAAAGAGACUCGACUUUAAAAGCCCAUUCACCUGAGAGACAUGAGUGGGGAAGAUAUACAUAUCACUUGGCAUUUUUUUUUUUCUCCAAGAGCAAUUUAAGCAAUAGAUUCUGUAACCUGGCGUGUAUUGUGUUAGUAAUAUUCACUGGAAACCCAGAUCACUGAGUAUGCUAUUGCCAGUCAUCUCACUAACUGGCAUUUUGGAAUCACUCAAGCUGAUGCAUCUUGGCAUUCAUGGGUUUGUAAGUGCUCUGUUAUUUACAUGCAGUCCCAGGAAACAAACUGUCGGUGCUGUGGAAUGUAUUGCAUACCUGGUGGCAGCUCUGUCUUUUUUACACCAUUCACUGUCAUCCUCCUUUAGAAAUGAGAUUAUAUAUGUGAUUUCUUUUAUUUUAAAAGUUUUAUUAUUUGAUUGCAUCUUCUUCAUAGCAUUGUUGCAUAAAUACCAUUUAGAGAGGAGACCUCUCUUUCAGUGUGCAGUAUUUCACACAAGUUAUAUUGCUUAGGGCUGUUUUGAUUUAACUCUGACUGAAGGCGCUGGGGAGGUAGAUGAACACCUGGAGCAGAUUGUGAACAAUAACAGGAGGUGAACAACAGCCACUUUUUCAUCUUGCAUUCUGGGAGGAUGAGAGUGUUCUGGCAUUACCCUUUCUGUGUGUGCCUGGGCCAUCCUGAAAUGGGAACUGUGGAAAAAGGCUGGGUCUGCAGGGUGUUGCUUGGCACUUGAAUUGCUCUUUGAUUGAACCAUGGUCUUGCCUUGGCUGUCUCUUACCCAGGAGUUGGAGAUGGUUUUUACUGCACCUAUUUGUCCGCUGGGUUUUUUUUAAGGAGUACGGUGGGAGAAACUAAACCAGGUGGAAAGCUUUUGAAAAGCCCAUGUUCAACAUUAACAGAACACGAUUAGGGAGAGGCGUUACGUUUUAUCCUAUUUAGAGACAUGAUGCUCAUUUUAUAGCUUGUUUCAGCAGAGAAAAAAAAAAGCCUAGUGACUUACUUUUUUUAGCACCUUUGCACUUAUUUAGCAGGGCAGAUGUUUCCUUUAGCUGGCAUUUACUCAGUUCAGAGAAAUUGUUGCUACUAAGCAGAGUAGUUGCUGUUUGGGCCUCUAGUUCUGAUUUUUGCAGCUUGAGUUUUAGAGGUGAAAGACUUAUUUAAAAAAAAAAAGAGAGGAAAAAAAAAACACAUACAAACCUUUUUUGCUGUCAAGAUAAUUUUGGGGUUUUUUAAACUAUCAUUAGGAGUUUCUCAGGAAUAAAUCAACUGAAGCAAAGUAGACAGAACCACCAGUUUAGAAGACAGCAGGCACCUCUUUCAUGGGCGCUUCCACACUAGAGUUUAUCCCUAGCAGGCUGGCAUAGGGAUGCUUCCUCAGUGGCCUCUUCUUGCCUCUGUGCGCAGCAAUGAGCUACAGCCAUCGCCACCGAUAGUCCUGUGCAAGCAAAGUACUUUGGGGACCCUAGUGUGAUGAAAAGACCGACUGACCUUCCAGUCCACGUCUCGGAUGAGCCUGGUGGACCUGGUCAGAGUGACAUCUUUCUGGUUUCCAAGCUAGGAACGAACCUUUAGUUGUAAACAUGACAAAGCAUUUAUCUUGUAAGAUGCAGCCCAAGUGGGUAUAUAUGUUAAUUUAUUACAAAGCAUUAUACUUUUAUAUUGUCGAUGUUAAUUUUGGUAGAAUUCCGGGCGAUGGGAAGAGGAGGUGACGCAGGAAUCGCCCUUUGUUGAACUGAUCACCUCUGUCCCUGGAGAUGUGAUGGACUGCUCCGUCCAGAGGGCAAAGCCAUUUCUGCCAAGUGCAUCGUAUGCUAGUGCUGUAAACAACUAGUAUACUUACAGUAUCAGAAGUCAGUUCUGCUAUUUUGAGGGGCAAGGAUGUUUUUCAAGGCACUGCACUCGAGAUCAGUUAAUUUAUAAUAAAAACAACCAUUGCCCAAUAUUUCAGUGCACCAAUUUUUAUGUAAACCAGUUUUUGUUUGGAUCAAGGUGAGAAAGCUGAUGCUUGAAACCAUGCUUCCUUGCUUUAUGGAAACAAAGUUCGUGUUUAUUCUAGCCAUUAAGAAUUAGCAAAUGUCUGUUAAUUACUUUAAGCUUUUUUUGGCAGGUGGCAGCUCACUUGAACCCUCACCCCGGCAGGAGUGUCCGUGGGGUCUCUCUCGCUGAGACCAGCUUUCUCUCUGUCCAGGAGCAGUGAGGAGGAAAAGGGGUGUUUAGUUGUCCCGGGGUGUCCUGUAUGACAGCUCUCCCGUGCAGGAUGAUGGGUCUCUCAUGGUCUAUGGGAACAGCACACUAGGGUACUCCGUGCUAUGACUUUUGCACCACUCACGCUGUGUUGCAGUAGUAAAUUCGGUCGGGUUGGCCCUUUCAGGUGCCAUACCCGUACUGGAUUAUACGUAUCUGGAGAGAGAUGUUUACAGCCCCUUAACGCAUGCAGGCUGUUAGCGCUAGCUGUUGGGGCCUCCCGGCCCUUGCCGCAGCGGCAGCACAGAUGCCUUUGCUCUCAGGCCAGCCGGGAGGCGGAGGGGUCCUCAGGCGGCAGUGCGGCGGGACAGCUUGGGACCGUCUCUCUGAAGCAAUGGCGGUCUGAGAGGUGUGUCACAAACCAUUCUUUGGCUUUUCCUCAAACAUACAGAGCAGCGGUUAAACAUUUACCUGCUCCUGAAUCAGCUUAGUUCAGUCCAAGUGUGGCUCAGCAUACAAACACAAGGAGCUCCCAUCUUGCCUUCCUCUCUCCCCUUCAUCAUCUGACUGCGAUAAUUUGGUCUUGAUUUACUCCACUCUAACCAUUCUGAUGACUGUAAAAACAUUUGUAUCAAUGAACUGGAAGUUGUGCACGAGCCUCUGCCAAGCGUGGGGAAGGAGACUGUGCGGAGCCUUUGCAAAGCGAGGACCAGUUUCCCCCCUGGAGCCGCAGCCUGCGCUGGGGGGAGUAGGGAGAGCAGAGCAGGUUGUCGCCUGUAACCACGGUAUCACCUGCCACCGCCUUUUCAGCAUGGCACAGAUUAGCUAGAGGCUGCACAUUUCCCUCCAUGCCCCUUGCGGUCGAGGGGGCUGGACAGGGUGCCUGGCGCGGGCUGGGCAGCGGGGAGCAUGCGGCAUGGCUGAUGGCCCAGCCCUGUGCUUUCUGCCGCCCUUCUCCCCGGCUUUGGACAUCUGUGAGGAUCACUGUGCUUUGGCGGAGGACCUGGGGGGGGCUGGAAAGAGCUAGUCUGUUUUGUUUCAGUAGAGCUAAUUAUCCCUGUAAUCCACUGCCAAAGAGAGAAAAAGGGGUGCGGGACCCCUGGCAGCUACUGUCCGCUUAGCUCUGCUCCUUGACUCCAGCCUUACUUGGUGAAGCCGGGGGGUUUCCAGGUGUGUGCCUGUGGGUGAGGACCUGCUGCAAGGGUUACCACGUGCCUGGGUUGGUUUCUGCGCUCUGAGUGACUUUUGAAUUUGUUACACUGUUGAUAUGGAGCAGCACUUCUCUGUGUUUUAGCAGACGUAUUCCUCACUAUUCGUUACAGUUUUUGAUCUUGGGUUCCCCCCCCACCCCUUUUUAAAUGAUAUGUAGAUAGACUUUUGUGAAAUUAAAACCUCUUUAUUAACCCUC